ACCAACCGACAGCUGACUAGCCCAGCCGGGUAGAGCAAGAGGGAGAGGUGGGGAACGAAACGACAGACGGUGGAAUUGCAUGGAAGACUCACCGCACUCUAGUAGAAACACCGAAAUUGAAACACCUGAGGCUGGAGCUGCUGUGAUCUGAGGCACUGUCCCUACAUGCCUGUACCAGUCUAAGGACUCCAGUAGUUGCUUUCAACCACACCAUCUCCACAUUACCACAGGACCAUAGGGUCCAACCCUGGCCUCUGCUCCAAGGAGCCACCUAACUGCCCUCCACACCCAUUGAUGGUUCUAGAAGAAGAUCUGAGCUGCUUGUCUCCCAUACGACGGCAGGCCAUGCAUUUUGCCUAAACCUACCCCCCCUCUUCCUCUCAACCAAUCCGAGGCAGCCAUGAACCCCCAGGAGGCGGAGUUAGGCCAGGAACUGAGCGAGGACGUGGAAGCCGACUUGCCCCCUCCUCAACGCCGUCGCCACGACAACAACACUGCCACAAACAGCAGGCGACCCCGGCAGCCUAGCAACCAUAGUAGUGAAAACAACAACCACGCUGCUCCGCGCUACAGGAGGUAUAAUGAGGCCCCUGUUGCAGGUGGCAGCAGAAUCAGAGGAGCCCCACAGCGGAGGUCAACAGAGGAGCCAGAGGCAGAGCUGCACCAGGGGGCCCAGUCUCCUCCCCAGCAGCCCCAGCCUCAGCCCCAGCAGGCCCAGGGUCAGUCUCUGCCCAUCCCGCGACCUGCAGUGACACGUUACCGCAGACAGGAGGACAGUGAGGCCAGGCUCCGAGCACAGCAGCAGAGACACACACAGAGACAGCAGAGAGAGGCUGAGAGGGCCCAGCAACAACAACCACCUCCACCAGGCCCACAGCCUGCUCACUGUCUACCCCCACAACCAGAUGAGCCAGAGGAACAACCACCUCCACCAGGCCCACAGCCUGCUCACUGUCUACCCCCACAACCAGAUGAGCCAGAGGAACAACCACCUCCACCAGGCCCACAGCCUGUUCACUGUCUACUCCUACAACCAGAUGAGCCGGAGGAGGAUGAGGGGGAGAGAGAGAGGGAGAGAGAGGGUGAUGAUUAUGCAUUAGCUCGUUCUGCUAGCACGGAAAGCGGUUUCCACACACACACAGACCGGGCGGAGGGCGACGCCGUCAUGACACUAGAUCCUGAGGCAGAGGACGACUGCGGUACCUACGAGGUGACGCUUCGCCCAGAGGCAGAGGGAUACACAGAGAGUGCUGAGUCAGAGCAACAACACCCCCACCCCAACCUGAACCUCAACUACCCCCCUCUGCCCCCUCCCUUACCCCGGGAACCCCUACCAGAUGUUGGGAGACCCCCCAGUCAGGAGGAGGCAGAGGAGACCCUGAACCCUGGAGGAGGUUACUCCAACUACGUGUACACCCAGCCUCUCUACCGCCGUGGGGGAGGGGCCAGCAGAAAAGGGGGGCGGGACAGCAGCGUGGAGGAAGGGGUGGAGCCAGAAGACGAGGCUUAUUCUGAAGCCUACGACUACUCCCUGACAGAACACGUCUACGAGGAGAUCGGCGACGCUCUCUCUUCUGCCGCAAAGGUUGCAGAGCCUAUGGACGCCAAUGAGAACCUCCAGCAGAGGAAGGCGGGGUUCCAUCUGUUUGAGGGGCGGGAAGGAGGCGGGGACUACCGACAGCAGGAGGCGGUGGGGUCACGGCUCCACCACUACGAUGAACGCUCGGACGGGGAGUCGGACAGCCCGGAGAAGGAGGCGGAGUUUGCUCCAUACCCACGGGCAGACAGUUGCGACCAGGAUGGGGAAGAGGACAUUGACAUGAUCGUAGCCGAGGUCAGAGAGAGUCUCAGCUCUCAGAGUCUGGAGAGAGCUGCUGCCGGGCUACGGGAGGGAGGAGAGGAAGAGGACAUGAUGGAAGGAGGAGAGGAAGAGGAGGGAGAGUGGCCCGAAUCCGAACACGCUCACAAUUCUCAAUCCGAUGCGCCCACAGACUCCACAUACCGCAAGGGAGAGAUAGAAGGAGAGGGAGAUGAGAGUGAAGAAGAGAGCUUCCCACCCCCAGCAGAAUCUGACGACUGGUCUGGGGUUCGUAACCGUCGUGAGAAGAGAGACGCCAUCUCCCUGGCCAUAAAGGACAUCAAGGAGGCCAUAGAAGAGGUGAAGACCAGGACGGUGAGGUCACCCUAUACCCCUGAUGAACCUAAAGAGCCCAUCUGGGUGAUGAGACAGGACCUGAGCCCCACCGCUGAGUGCUGUGACCUGCAGCCCUCACCAGGUGGCGACUCUCCAGGCUCAGACUCUCAGGCCUCUCCUCAGGGGGCGGAGUCUUCCGUCCGGACGCCCAUGCUCGAGGGGAGUGACAGCUUCGAGUCUCCACCGCCCUCCACUAAAGAGUCCAGGAGAAGCCUCGCCUCCUUCCCUACCUAUGUAGAAGUCCCAGGUCCGUGUGACCCAGAGGACCUAAUUGAUGGGAUCAUAUUUGCUGCUAACUACCUGGGUUCCACCCAGCUGCUGUCUGACAAGACGCCCUCCAAGAACGUCCGUAUGAUGCAGGCCCAGGAGGCCGUCAGCCACAUCAAGCAGACUCCAGAGGGAGAGGCCCAGCCCAUGACAGAGGUGGAUCUCUUCAUCUCCACCCAGAGGAUCAAAGUCCUCAAUGCUGACUCACAGGAGACCAUGAUGGAUCCCUACACCCUGACCCUCCUCCUCCUCUAUCUAUCUCCAGGAGACCAUCUCCUCUCCUACAUCGCUGACAUCGGCAACAUCGUGGUUCUGAUGGCGAGACGCCGUAUGCCCCGCCCAGACUCAACGGACAGUGUGGAGGUGUCUGAACCUGACCAGGAGGAGAAACAAAGCCAGUACAAGAUGAUUUGUCACGUUUUUGAGUCGGAGGAUGCCCAGCUGAUAGCCCAGUCUAUAGGCCAGGCCUUCAGUGUGGCGUACCAGGAGUUCUUGAGGGCCAAUGGCAUCAACCCAGAGGAUCUGAGUCAGAGAGAAUACAGUGAUCUGCUCAACACUCAGGACAUGUACAAUGAUGACCUCAUACACUUCUCCAAGUCUGAGAACUGCAAAGAUGUUUACAUUGAGAAGCAGAAGGGUGACAUUCUGGGCGUGGUGAUUGUGGAGAGUGGGUGGGGCUCCAUCCUGCCCACAGUCAUCAUCGCCAACAUGAUGCAUGCUGGUCCAUCUGAGAAGUCUGGUCGUCUGAACAUCGGAGACCAGAUCAUGUCUAUCAACGGGACCAGUCUGGUAGGACUACCCCUGUCUACCUGCCAGACUAUCAUUAAGGGUCUGAAGAACCAGUCUCGUAUCAAGCUGAACAUCGUACGGUGUCCUCCCGUAACCACGGUGCUCAUCAGACGACCUGACCUCAGAUACCAGCUGGGCUUCAGCGUACAGAAUGGCAUUAUCUGCAGCCUUAUCGGGGGCAUCGCUGAGAGGGGAGGAGUCAGGGUUGGCCACCGCAUCAUCGAGAUCAACAGCCAGAGCGUAGUGGCCACACCCCACGAGAAGAUUGUCCACAUCCUGUCCAACGCCGUGGGAGAGAUUCACAUGAAGACGAUGCCAGCUGCCAUGUACCGCUUGCUAACUGCCCAGGAGCAACCCGUUUACAUGUAGAACCGACCUUCUGACUCUAUCCUGUCCCCUGACCCCUAGCAUCACUGCACCCUAUGUGUGUGAGGCAAUUCCUCCCCCUCUCCCCAAAACCCCAGCUCACCAUUGGAAAAUGAAGCUUAUAUAGCCUUAUGAGUGGACCUGUCAUGUGCUCUGGAUUACUCUCCAAUCCGAUUGUUUUGCUGUGGAGAGUAGAGGUGGGCUGGUUCAAGCCCCUCCCAUUCCGAGGGUUGUUUCCUGCCCUUCUCCCUCGUUCUCUCCCUCCCUCUCUCCCUCUCUCUCUCUCUC